AUGCCGCCCCAUCUACACCCUCGCUCGCGGUCGACGACCUCCCUCUUCGCGGCCAGUCUCCUCGCAUCCCUCUUCGUCGUCGGCCUUCCGCAUGUGUUCCCCUGUCCUGCGCCCCGUCGCACCCUCGCCGACUCCGAGAUGACUGUUGACGCCGACGGACAACCGAUCCCGCGUGUCCGAAGAAGAAGGCGGAAGGAUGCGGAACAGUUUAGUCCAGACGACCGGAGCCUUGCCCAAACACCCAUGGCCACAGAUGAAGAAGUAUCUACUUUCCUACAAUUAGAGGCAGAGGCUGCUCAGCUGUCGCACGCCGGUCGGGAAUGCCCGGUGCCUAAGCCCAAGGGGAUCUUGGAUACUGAGAUCGAUUGGUCUACGUAUAUGCAGCAGAUAGCGCUCUACCUGGCCGGAGAGCGCGACUACACGCUCAUCAAAGGCUCCACGGGCCCCCUCGUCUACCCCGCCGCACAUGUAUACAGUUACAGCUUCCUUUACCACCUCACGGACGAAGGCCGCGACAUCUUCUUCGGCCAGGUCCUCUUCGCUGCGCUGUACCUGGUGACCCUCGUUGUCGUGCUCGCUUGCUACAGGCAAUCGGGCGCCCCACCGUACCUGCUGCCUCUGCUCGUUCUGUCCAAACGGCUGCACAGCAUCUUCGUCCUGCGCCUCUUCAAUGAUGGUCUGGCGGCAUUCGUCAUGUGGCUUGCUAUCUGGCUGUUUCAGAAGAGGAAGUGGGCGGCUGCCGUUACUGUGUGGUCUGUCGGCGUGGGCAUCAAAAUGACUUUGUUGCUGCUUGCUCCGGCCGUUGCAGUGAUUACUGUGCUCAGUCUGUCGCUCGUGCCUAGCAUUCGGCUCGGUGUGCUGGCGUUGCUUGUUCAGGUUCUACUGGCGAUUCCAUUCCUACAGGAAAACCCAGCGGGGUAUGCUUCGCGGGCGUUCGAGCUAACCAGACAGUUCAUGUUCAAAUGGACGGUCAAUUGGCGAUUUGUGGGCGAGGAACUGUUUUUAUCUAAAAGGUUCUCCGUGGCAUUGCUUGCUAUCCACCUUGUCUUGCUGGUGCUAUUCGUUGCCUUUGGCUGGCUCAGGCCUGUCCAGUCUCGCCUGCCGGGGUUUGUCCAGAACCUGCUCACGGGCCGACACCGUCCCGUACCGCUAUCCAAAGCGUAUAUCAUGACCACCUUGCUGUCAUCCCUUGCGAUUGGUCUGUUGUGUGCAAGGUCGCUUCACUACCAAUUCUUCGCCUAUCUCUCCUGGGCAACGCCUUUCCUUCUCUGGCGGGCAGGCCUCCACCCUGUUCUAUUGUACGCCGUGUGGGUGCUCCAAGAAUGGUCGUGGAACACGUAUCCGAGCACCAACACGAGUUCCAUGGCUGUCGUCCUCUCCCUUGUGAUUCAGGUCUUCGGCGUUCUUGCGAACAGCGCCAAUGCAUUCACCGACACGCGCGCCAAGCAAGCCGGAAAGGAGCAUAUUCAAUGA